CACCAUGCUCUGGUACACUACACUGAAAGUAGAGUCAUUUCAAGUUCAAACAAAAAAGAAAAAAAAGACAUGGGCAACCUUAGUCUUCACUUGCUGAUAGUAUUCUUCUCUUUCCAAUGUUUUCUUGCUUAUACCAUGGCUGCAUCUGCUAUGCACUCAAAUCCUGAUGCCAUAAAAUUCAUUAGAGUUUCAUGUAAAGCCACACUUUACCCUGUUUUAUGUGUCCAAUGUCUCUCUGCUUAUGCUAACACUGUCAAACAAAGUGAGCAGCAACUGGCUCGUGCUGCUUUAUCAGUUAGCUUAAGUAAAGCAAAAUCCACCACCAUAUUUGUUUCUAAGUUAACCAAAAUUAGAGGCCUAAAGCCAAGAGAAAAACAAGCCGUAAAGGACUGCUUUGAUACAAUGAGUGAUAGUGUUGAUCAGAUCAAUAAAUCUAUUCCAGAACUUGGGCAAACUGGUCAUUUUGCUGCUGGACGGGACUUUAUGUGGCAUGUUAGUAAUGUGCAAACUUGGGUUAGUGCUGCAAUGACAGAUGAGAACACUUGUCUUGAUGGAUUUUCAGGACCUGGAAUGAAUGGAAAUGUGAAAGCUGUUUUAAGAUCAAGAAUCCUUCAUCUUGCACAAGUUACUAGUAAUGCACUUGCUUUGGUUAAUCGCUUUGCGGAUAGACACCGACCUAGUGCUACCGCAAAUACCCCUUGACGGGACUGGAGAAAUUCUUGGUAGGGAGCGCUUAAUACCUUUCAAUACGAAGUUAUGGAGUUUCAGUGAGGUAGCUGGUUUUGCUGUGUAAAGAUUAUGUUUACUGUAUGCUUUUUUAAUUUUGCAUAAGCAUGAAUUUCUGGUUUUGUGUAGUAGGUUUUUGUGAGAAGUUCAAUUUUAUAGCUGCAAUGAAGAUAGUGCAGCUUAGUUUGCUGGUCUUUAUGUAAAUGUAAAAAUAUCUUCUUGCUUGUUCCAGCUCUCUUUUUGUACUCUGUUGCAUUUUUGUAUAAUAGUACUACCUAAUGCUGAACAAGGAUCAAUCUUGCUUUUUCUCA